AAUGCUUAAGUGAAAAUGUUCAGUGGAAGGGCAGGAAAAGCAUCUGGUAGAGAUAAAGCUGUUGCUCCCCAGCAGCCCCUCAGAGAGCCUCUUCUGCAGUUGGUGUCCCUGCAGAAGGCGUCUGGUAGUUGGAUGCUGGAGGCUCCUCUGGCCUCUGCACUGGGAAAGACCAGUGACGAGGUGGAGAAGUUAAAGCCUGCAUCGGUUAACAAGGAGGUGUGGGCCACCAUUCUGGCUCUGAUCUGGCUUCAUGGUUUCAAGAUGGAUGUAAAGGAGGAGUGGGAGCUUCUGGCCAUGAAGGCUGCAUCAUGGCUCCGUGCUCAGAAUGGACCAUGUGUGACAGAGUGUGUGGAAGCAGGAAAUGCACUGCUGGGCUGCAGCGUGCAGAAAGACGCUCUGGGGCUCUGAAGUUCACAUUAACGAGGCUUCAUUUUCAGGAUUCUUACACAGAAGCAGAUUUACUAAAUCAAACAGCUUUCAGAAUGUAUAUUACUCUUUGCAGCAUCUGUCUUUAUAAUGUGCCUUACUAUAACUGCACGGUAUGCUUCAGCCACCAGAGUUCUUAAAGAAAGGUUUUGUUUUUGCCUUUUUAAUGUUUCUUUGUAUCUGGAUGUUUUACUAAAAGACAGAUGCAUGAAUCGUGCAUAUAAAUGAAAAAAUGAGUGAGAAUUUGUUUAUUAUUGUUUUAUUAAUGUCAGCUUAAGGUUACGGUGACAUUGUUGUUUACCAAAUUGUAUUAAAAUGAAUAUAACUCCACAUCUAUUUUGCACAUUUAACCCUACACCUGAGUUUAGUUACCAGGAUGUUUUACUUUGAGGAUGACUCUAGUUUUUAUCCACAAUUAAAACUUUAAGAAGACGUGUUUAGAGUCGCAUAGAGUAACAAAGAGCCAGUGUUCACUAACUAAAUAGAUUCAGGUUACUUCUCUCUAUACUUGUGAAAGGCAGCCAUUGCACUGACUGCACAUGAAGGACAAUAAGGAAUGUCAGUAAUAUUUGUUCUAAACUCAUAUUUUAUUGAAUCCUCCUCUCUGGAAAAUAAAUAUUCAUAUUCAGAUCCAUGUUGAAAAGUCAUGGAUGGAUACAGUAGCAACAUAAUUGUGUUAAGUGAUCACAUAUUCACUACAAAUGUCCAUUUUGUUUGGGAAUUUAACAUAAAUUAAUAACUAAAGAUAAGUUUAAAGUAUUUGUUUGUUUUGCUUUUGUUUGUUUUUUUUUUAUUUCUCACUAAAAUGCCAUGUUCAAAGUUGUCUAUAAUAUUCUCCAGUAAUGAAAAACAAUCCCUUCUGCUUUUUGUACGUCUUUACCUGAAUUUUAAACCCCUUUGGCAACUGUAUCCUUGUCUUUGAGGUUGGAAAGUGUUCAUGUGAUGUGAAUAAACAAAUAAUAGAAUCC